UUUUGAGCAUCGAGACGACGUUUCGUGUAUGCUCCUUCAUGUUAUCUUUCCAAACAAGACCGUCAACGAUGAUGAUACAAAGUUCCACAAAUCUACAUGCUCAUCUGGCAAUAACUGUAAAAAACAUUCCGUAGACUUUUUCGUUCUUCCUCCUCUGACACGUAUUCGAGCAAGGCUCUCUCCUCAACGCAACCACGAACAAAAAGAAAAGAAAAUAGAGAAAAUCAUACAUCUGCCUUACCCCACCCACAUGCCACAUGCAAACAACUCGCAACAAGACGAAAACGCGCGAGCGCCGUAG